GGUAAUUAUGAUUAACUCGUAUAAUUAUUUUAAAAUUUUAAAAUUAUUUUUGAAACCAUUAUGAUCAGCAAAUAUUAACAAUCAAAAACUACAUAUCAACCUACUUAAUGUUAUAGAUAAGUAAUACCUAUCUAAAUGAAAUUACCUUGAAUAACAAUAAAACGUAUUGUCAUUUAAAAAAAUUGAAUUUUUGAAAGAAAAAUACAGUGCAUCAAAUGUCUGUGAAGUUGAAGUAAAUUACAACUAUUAUUUAGAUAGAUAUCUUACAGCUCAUCACAACAUUCAAGUGGGUUAAUCUAAAUACCCAUACUUGAAGAUGCGAUCAUCCGUUCACCAUCAAAGAACAUUAUCAGUUUGAAAAGUAAUAAAAAUGAUUCCAAGAACUGAGUUCAAAUUUGCUCUCAAUGAAACGAAACCAAAGCGAAAGUUUUCCAUCUUUAUCAACCAAUUUUUAAGCUCUGAGACAUUAAGUACAUUAAGUACUUCGCGAAAAAUCGCGUUCAGGAAUGAAUUCUACACCAGUAAGAAUGAACAGAUGAGUUGAAAAAGCUGCUAUUGUCACAGAAUCUGCCCAAGGGCACGUAACAGUAGUUUUCGUUUAUCAUUAUUAUGAUCAUCUUUUAUUCUUUUCACUUUGUUUUUUGCUUCACAGCAUCACAUUCGUAAUUGCCAAUAGACUGGCUAAAAUACAUUAUGUACUUUAAGUGAUGUAAUGCUCGUUACAAGCCUCUUUCUUUGAUUUUUUACCCAUACUAAUUCGUGAUAACGAAUGAUAACCCACUACCAACACAGGAACUGAAUAGGUUGUCAAGAUGCAAAUAACAGAUAGGUACUAGGUAUAAUGAAAGCAAAUAGAUAAUGAAGCAAAUAGUAUGUACCAAUAUUUAGGUAUAUUCAUUUAGAAUAGCAAUGAAAUUAAGUGCUAAAGUGGAGAGGUCGAAACGCCUACAAUCGAGAAGUGUGCGAGCCAAUAAAUGUGAAAUUACCUUGAAUGAUUGUAAAUAUUGGCACGAAAGAAUUGAGUUUUCGGCGGGUAAAAAACCAAGUACCUAUAUACUUUGAUAUUUGUAAAGUUAAGAUAAGUAACUCGAUUCAAGCAGGUUUAUCUAUUUGAAGAUUUGAUCAUCGCUUCUCAUUGUCGAAGAACAUUGUCACAGUACAAACAAUACCUAUCUAAUAAACGCUUACCACUCAGUUGAGAUUUUCCCUUCAGCUAAGAAUAACCUAAGUAACAGUUUCUUACAACUACACUUCGUUCAAUUUUUUAAAUUUAAAAGUGAAUUUAAAUCAGUUAUGGGUAGACUAACUGGAAAAGUUGCCAUUAUCACAGGGUCAACUCAAGGAAUCGGAUUUGCAAUAGCCAAUAAACUGGCCACUGAAGGAGCCAAAGUAGUGAUCAGCAGCCGACAAGAGGUCAAUGUAAACGAAGCAGUGGAAAAAUUGAAAAAUAAUGGUCAUCAAAAUAAUAUAAGUGGUGUCGUAUGUCACGUUGGCAAUAAGGAAGACCGUAAGAGAUUAUACGAAGAAGCUUUGAAUAAAUUUGGAGGUAUAGAUAUAUUAAUUUCCAACGCAGCUGUAAAUCCUUUCGUGGGUUUCACUGUUGACUGUCCGGAAGAUAAAUGGGAUAAAUUAUUCGACACAAACGUCAAAAGUGCAUUUCUCCUGACAAAAGAAGUAGUACCUCAUUUGAAAGAAAGAAAAGGUGGUUCGAUUAUUAAUAUAUCCUCAUUAGCUGGCCUGCAACCUGUACCGAUGCAUGGGCCAUACUGUGUUAGUAAAACGGCAAUACUCGGAUUAACGAGAGUAUUCGCCGACGAGCUUGCUCAAUUCAACAUCCGAGUCAACUGUAUAGCUCCUGGACUAGUCCGGACAAAAUUCGCUGAACAUAUUUACGAAAAUAAAAUUCUCCACGAUGCUAUUCUGUCUCAAAUUCCUAUGGGAAGAACUGGCGAGCCACGUGAUGUGGAAGGAAUUGCUGCUUUUUUGUGCUCUGAUGAUGCGAACUAUAUUACUGGAGAAACGAUCGCUGUUGCUGGAGGAAUGCAUACGAGAUUAUAGAUGUUUCAGAGAUGUUGAUUGAAUUCUUAUCGAUGUAGGUAAUUAAUAUUCAAUAUAUUAUUUAUCUCAUGCUCUU